CGCAGCUUUCUCUCUCUCUCUCUCUCUCUCUCUCUCUUCCACCCCGCUGCUGCUUCCGCCGACAGUGCGGCCUGCGGCGAGCGAGGUGCGCAUGGAGGCGGGGAGGGAGACCAGCAAGCGCAUGCGCACCGCCAUGGGCAACGAGGAGGACACGACGAGCCAGGGGAGCGCAGGAGUCGCCGUGACCGCGGCCGCGACGGAGACGGAGGGCGGCGACGAGAUGGCCGUGGUGGCGGAGGAGGAGCUGGUGGGGUCGGCGGAGACUGAGGAGCACGUCCAGCGCAUCCUCCUGGCCAUCGACAACUUCACCCGUCAGGUGUCGGAGAUGCUGGAGACCGGGCGGGCGCUGUUCAAGGACCUCGCCGCCGACUUCGAGGACCGCCUCUGCUCGAUUCAUAAGGAGAGGGUGGAGCGUUGGGAGGCGAUGAUCCGGGAGCUGCGCGCCCGCGACGCCGCCAACGAGCAGGCCCGCGCCCUCCUCCACAACGCCCAGGUCCACCUCCUCCACACCGUCCGCGACUAGCCCAGAGAACCCGACUGUCUCCGGUUUAGGAGUACUACGUUUCUCAGCUUACCUGCAAAU